CCCAGAUCAGCCUGCAGGCUCUGUAAACGCAGGAGAGCUCAGUGAAUGGAGAGCAGGAGACGCUGAGAGCGGGAACUGUGUGGACAACAUGAGGGCGCUGCGACUGCUUCUGUGUGCUCUACUGCCUCUGCUCUGCCUCCCCCAGGCCAGCCAAGGAGCUUCAUACUUCGGGGACAGUUACUGCCAGAUAGAUGCAGUGCAGGACCUGUUGAGUUUUCAACUCUCACUCCAGUUUAAGACGGGCAGACGCAGUGGGCUCCUCCUCCUCGCAGCUGGUAAUGAAGACUACCUGUCCCUGGAGCUCUACAACGGCAGAUUACAGGCACGAAUGAACAUGGGAUCAGGUGAAGUGGUCUUGUCCUCCUCUACUGGUGUGCAGCUAAGUAAUCUACUGGAACACCAAGUUUCUCUGAUACUGAGAGGAAACAAGCUCAGCAUGACUGUGGACAACCUUUUCACAACCUCCGUCCAAGUGCAAGGAGGAGAGGACCUCAACAUCGAUAUGGGCGUCUUCCUCGGAGGAGUAAGAGAUCUGGACGUGGAAUACCUCAGUACUGCCGUCCCCUUCCUCCGUGGCUGCAUGAGCAAUGUAAAGUUUGAGUCCCAGCAGUUUGAUAUUUUGUCCUCUGAGACAUCUGUCUGCCACGACACUAAAGAAGCCUGCAGCAGUGAGUUUGAGGCAGGAGAUGGGGAGGCCACCACCUUUAUCAGUCCAGAGUCCUUUGUGUCGUUCCCAACAUGGACCAGAGCCAAUACUGGCUCUCGCAACAUGGAGAUCCUGAUGAAAACUACGAUUGAAGACGCACUGCUUCUGUUUCACCCAGGUCACCAAUCUGAUUUCAUCGCUCUGGGCAUGACAGGAGGACACCUGAAAGGUGUGGUAGACAUGGGCAGUGGCAUGGUGGUCCUCAACAACCUGAAAGUACAGUUGGAUGAUGAUCAGUGGCACAGGAUAAAGGUAAAUAUUGAGCCGAACACCUUUGAGGUCACUGCGGACGGCGAGUCUGUCGCUCUUUCUCUAAACGGAUCCGAAAAACUAGACCUUGUGGGAAAUCUCUACUUAGGAGGCAUCCAGGGGAAGAUGAAGGAGGUGUUUCGCGAUGACUACUUGAGUCGCAUGGAGGAUGAGAUUACGUCCGAGUCUUUCAUUGGCUGUUUUGGAGAAAUCAACGUGAACCAAAAGGACAGAACUCUACAGGACGCUUUGAUAACUAAGGACAUUCAUGUUAAAUGUGAGGGAGAGGAUUAUGAUUAUUCCACAUAUUAUGAUGUCGAGCCAACCACAACUUCAGCACCACUGCGGGUCACGUAUGUUAGUGGCAGUCCUGAAAGCCAUUGUUACCCAACUGAGAACACGCCGGAGAUCUUCCGAAACGUCUCGAAACUUUUGGAUGUCAACUCCCUGCUGGUUCCUGAGGGUGGAGAAGCUUCUAUCGACAUCACCAACCUCAAUCCAACAUUUAAUUUGAAUGCUGCAGGGAUCCGACAGUCUCAAAUCAUUUUCACCCUUCAAAGCGAUCCUUGGUACGGGCUUGUAGAUAUGAAUAUCAACACGAGACGCACCAAGAAGUUCACUCUGCUGGAUGUGGUCAAUAAGAAGAUUAAGUAUCUUCAUGAUGGCAACGAGAGGUACAAUGAUCAGAUUCAGUUAGAGGUGGUAACACAUGGCAACAGUCUUCCAGAGUGCUUGACAACUCCCCAUCAGUACGUGCUUCCAGUGGAAAUAAUCCCUGUCAAUGACAUCCCACAGCUUAGCGGAGGAGACAUUUCUGUCACGGCGAAUGGACGCACCCGCUUGAACCCUAAUCUGAUCAAAAUUGUCGAUUCUGAUAACCGCUGUGAUGAGUUGGUUGUCACUGUCACCUCAGAUCCCAACCCUAAUGGUUACUUAGAGAAUUCACAGUAUCCUGGCAGGAGCCUGAGAGAGUUCACCUGCAGACAGCUUAAGGAUGGACUCAUUAACUAUGUCCACAGAGGAGGCUCGGUCUCCGGACUCACCCUGCAGGUUUCCGAUGGAGAUCAGAUCAGUCAGUCAACCACUUUUAAACUUGCAGUUACACAGCCACAUAUGAGUCUAGUGACCAACACUGGACUUCUCCUCACUCAAGGAAGUAAUUCAUCAAUUGGAAUACAAAACCUGGCCGUGUCUGCAACUCCUAGAAAUGGAGACAUAAUACUCAAUGUUACACAGCCUUUGAGAUUUGGAGAACUGCAACUUAUCGGAGAUAACGGUGUACCAAAGAAAGUGGCAGAAUUUCAUCAGUCUGACCUUGAGCAGAACAAGCUGAGGUAUACCACUACAAUCUCAACUGAUCUGGCAAACACAGAAACAGAGUAUAUUUAUUUUACUGCUCACCUUGGACAGUUUACGCUCCCAGACAAUGUAUUUAUAAUUAAAAUCAUGCCUGCUCAGGUAGGAAUGGCUAAGAUUGUUCCUAUCGAAAUUACAGAAGGCGAGCCAAAAGUCAUUAAGCAAGCGGAGUUGGAGGCCGUGGUGAAGGGAAAGAAUGUUCAGCUAACAUCAAUAAAAUACAUCAUUUGGAAGCGUCCAGCAUUCGGUGCUUUAAUGUUGCAAGAUAAAGAUCUGUCAGUCGGAGAUAGCUUCACUCAGCAGGAUGUUCAGAACGGACAUGUCCGAUACAGACCCAUAGUCCGCCGGGCUGUCGAUUCUGAGGAUCAUGUAGAGUUUAAAGUAUUUGCAGAGGAACAGUACUCGAGAGUAUACAGCUAUCCAAUCAGAAUUAAAGCUGACUCCAAUGCUCCUGCUCUGACCAACGAGAAAAUGGUGGUGCUGGAAGGAAAUGAAAACAUCCUCAAUAAGGAAUAUCUCUGGGUGCAGACUCCUACGUCCUCAGACUUUGUGUACAGAGUUACUGAAGACCCUAAGCAUGGACAACUCAUUAGAGACUCCCCUCCUGGUGUGCCGAGGUUCGAGGGUGCAAUUCGCGUCUUCAGUAAUGAGGAUUUACUCUUGAACAGGCUUAUUUACCAACACGAUGGCUCAGAGAACAGCCAAGACCAGUUCAGCUUUCUUGUGUUUGAAGAAGCUGAGGGCAGCACAGAAGGUCAGGAGGUGCUUAGAGGAGUAUUUAACAUAGCAAUCCAAUCCAGGAAUGAUCACGUACCGCAGAGGGUCAUCAAUAAACCCUUUAACGUUGUAAGAAACGGGCAUCGAUUGCUGACUACCGAUGAUAUUCUGUUCAAAGACGAUGACGCUGACUUUAACGACACUCAGCUGGUCUACGUUCGAACGGGGAUUCUCUCAGGUAGCAUCGUUUCAUCUUCAGACCCCUCGCAACCCCUCUACCGCUUCACACAGGCAGACUUGAGGGAUGGGAAGGUUCUCUUUGUUCAUAGCGGUGCUGACCGUGAACGGUUCCAGCUUCAAGUGUCCGAUGGAGUGCAUAAGACAACAGCCCUGCUUCAGGUGCAGGCAGGUGAACCACAGCUGAGUGUAGUCAAUAAUACCAUGGUGGUUAUGGACCACGGCAGCACCAAGACUUUGAACACCAGCCUUUUGGGCACAGAAUCAAACACUGACAUCAGAAACGCAGCAGAAAUUGUGUACGAUGUAACCUCUCCUCCCAGCGAUGGCAGAAUUAUAGUCAGCGGUAUCGAGGCCAGUCGAUUCACACAGGAGGACCUUAAGAAAGGAGUGGUGUCCUACGAGCACAGCGAUCAGAGCCUCAAGUCCAAAGACUCCUUCACCUUCAAAGUGCAUGCAAAAGGCCUGUCUGAGGAAGGAACCUUCAGAAUUAAGAUAUUCAAAAAAGGAUAUCUGUCUGAGCCUCAGGUCGCCUCCAAUAAGCUCAUCAUCGCAUACGAAGGAGAGCAUUCCGUCAUAGACCAGGAUCAUCUGAGGGUGGAGCAGGCAGAUAUCGUGUCGACAGAGAUGGUCUUCAGCAUCAAAGAACCUCCACGUCUUGGUCAUGUGGUCAAAAUGACCAACAACCCAGAGACCACAGCUGCCCCAGUGCUGGACUACAUCCACUCCUUCACGCAGCAGGACCUGAACAUGGGUCUGGUCCUGUACGUCUCGGCUUCACUGCAGGGCAGAGAUCGCUUCGUCCUGGACGUCAGUAAUGGCUUCACCACCGUGGAGGACCUGGAGGUUCAGGUGGACAUUGUACCCAGACUAAUCCCCAUCCAGGUGGUGAACUUCACACUGAGGGAGGGCGGAGCCGUGGCACUCUCUGAGGAAGUGCUCAACAUCACACAUCCCUUCUACAGAUCCGUCAACGUCGACUUCUUCGUGGAGGAGGCACCUCAGCAUGGGGACGUCAGGUACCUGGACAGAGACGAGGAUGGACUCAACUCCUUCACCUGGCAAGAUGUGCAGCAGGGACUGAUCUACUACCUCCACGACAGCACAGAGACCACAGAGGACAGCCUCACUCUCGCCGCCACUGCUUUCGAGAUCAACCGCCGCAGCCACCCCAUCACUAUCAGCAUCACGGUCCUCCCCGUUAACGACGAGCCGCCCCUGCUACAGCGCAACACCGGCCUGGAGGUCCUCGUUGGCGAAGAAUCGGAAAUCACAAGCAGGCUGUUAUACGCCGAAGACCUGGACACCCCUCCAGAAGAGCUGGUUUACAUGAUAGAGACGCCAACCAAUGGAAUCGUUGCUUUGAAAGAGUCACCUGACGAGGGCACUGUCACUUUCACCCAAGCUCAGAUCAACAACGGCGAGGUCAUUUUCAUCCAUGAAGGAUCUGAAUCUGGUGGGUUCGGCUUCACAGUGACAGAUGGAGUCCACACUUCUCCGCUCUACCGCUUUGCCAUCAUUGCCAGGCAGCUAACAAUCUCAGUGGAGGCCCAUGGCGAGCUUUUGGUCUUCCCAGGAUCCAGGCAAGUUAUCAGCCGUGAUAUUCUCCGAGCAGUGACCAGUGAAGAUGGAGAUGAGAUCAGUUACUCUCUCUUAAGGCCUCCACGCCUAGGACGACUAAUCAAGCCUAACCAGAGUGGACAGUUUGAGGAAAUCACCAAAUUCACACAAACUGAGCUGGAUGCGGGUGCUGUGUAUUACGAGCACCAGAUGCCCACAGAGCCCUUCUGGGUAGUGAAAGACUCUCUUGAGAUUGAGCUCUCGUCUCCGCCAGCAGCACGACUCAACCACACUCUCCCUGUCACCGUGUCAUACUACGCCGCCAACCGCAAUGUGUCUUCGCAGCUGUGGAAGAACAAAGGCAUGUCCGUGGUGCAGGGGCAGGCUAAAGUGAUUGACAGUUCUAUUCUGGAUGCAUCUAACCUGCUAGCCAGUCUGCCGGAAGAGAAGCGAGCAGGACAGGACAUUGUUUUUGAGGUACGGCAAUUUCCUGUACAAGGCCGCCUCACUCUCGGGGGUAGUGAUCUUGCUCGAGAUGCUUCCUACUUCCUGCAAGAAGAUAUCAACAAUGGAGAUUUGGAAUACGCUCACAGUGACUCAGGUGCCUCCUCAGACAGCUUCUCUUUCCGUGUGAGACUAAACCCUCAUGGCCGCUCCCCUCAGGCUGCUCCUGGAGCUGUGGUGCUAGAGGAGAUCUUCCUUAUCUCUAUUAGAAAAAGAGACUCAAAUCCCCCAAAGCUGGUAAGUUUGGACCUGCUGCUGGAAGUCCUGCAAGGCUCCACCACUGUGCUAUCCAAGCAGUACCUCAACACCAUUGACCAAGACAGCACACCAGACGAGAUCAGGUUCUCCAUCUCAAAGAGUCCUACCAAUGGGCACAUCAUCUACAAAGACACCGGAGACAGGAUCAGCCGGUUCACCCAAGAGGAGGUAAACAUGGGCCGUGUCGCAUUUGUAAGUGACGGCAGCUUGUCGGACAGUUUCAUGGAGUUCACUGUCUCUGACGGGAAGCAUCAGACCGAACCACACACUCUGCACAUAGGCGUCCUUGCUAAGAAGCUUACGCUUAGCAAAGUCCAGGAGAUCCAGGUGAAGCAGGGAGAUGAUGAGACUCCCAUCACAGAGGCCAUGUUGAAGGUGUCCACAGGUGGGAACAGAGAGGAAGAGGUGCUUUACAAGAUCACAAAUGUCCCCAAGUAUGCAGCAGUGAUGGUGGACAGGCAGCCUACCUCCGCCUUCACCCAGAAACAGAUCAAGGAAGGGAGGGUUAGUGUCCGCUUCGUCAAGUCCACCUCUCCAAUCGACAGUUUCGCCUUUGUAGCCCGGAGUAGAGCAGCUAAUGUGACCUCUGCUCUCAACAUCACAGUAAGGCCCUUAGCAAAUGUGGCCAAGGAUCCAGUGCUUCCAAGAGGUGCCACAGUCCUGGUAGACCGGAAACUGUUAGAUGCAACACCUCUCGCCAACAAAACUAGAACGUCCCCCACCUUUAGUGUGACCCAGCAGCCGAAGGGAGCGAGGUUCGUGAGAAAAGGAGGGUCUGCAGAUGGUCAACCUGUCGAAUCAUUCACCCAGAGAGACCUGGAUGAGGGCCGUGUAGCUCUUGAGGUUUUGAACACCACGGGAGUUCCAAAAGGCAAAGGUCAAAGCCAGAUUCAAGGUCAAGAUGAGGCUCGCUUCCUCCUCAAAGCCUAUGGAGUUCCCCCUGCAGAAUGCAUUCUCUCCUUUAAAACAGCUCCAUAUGACCCUGCAGCAGUCUACGGUGCCACCAUCCUUGAGGCCCCAGCCCUGCCCAGCUUUGACACCAGCAUGUCUGGCCAUCCUGGACGAGGUGACAGUGAUUGGCCUCAUGGAGUGGAUCCUACAACAGCCUCCACUGUCUCCCACAGAUCUCCAGUCUCGAGACGGAACACAUUAUGGGCUAUCCUCAUUCCCAUCCUCGUCAUCCUGAUCCUGCUGCUUCUGGCUGCUCUGCUUGCUUACUACCUAGUGAGACGCAACAAGACAGGGAAGCACAAUGUUCAGACUGCUGCAGCCAAGCCGAAGAACGGAGAGAUGAGCCAGGAAACCUUCAGGAAAACAGAUCCAGCAAACAACAUCUCCAUGACCACCAUAGAGCCCAAAGAGGCAGAUCCUGAAUUACUGCAACACUGUCGGACAACAAACCCAGCUCUGAAAAAGAACCAGUACUGGGUAUGAGAGAAAGAAAUGAGGACGUAUUCUGUCUACAAUGAGUGACAGAUUCUCAAAAAACAAGGACUAUAAAAAAAGUGUAUGGAAGCUUCCUUGAGUCAUUCCUAACAGUGCUAUAAAGACUUCCUGCCAUAGUACUGUUCUGGAAAACAUCACCAUUUUGUUUUGGCAAAUAGUUACACUUUACCUCACUUGUCUGUGGUACGUAUGCAGAUAAUGAUAAAAAAAAAUAUUUAAAAAGAAACAUGUUAAGCCCUCUUUAGAACAUUUAGGUUUUUAUUCAUGAAAAAUAAGGUCCAAGAGGAUUUUAUUAUCUGUUUUAAUUUUGCUUUGUUUUUUGUCACACCACAAUUACCUUCAGCACAUCUGGCCAACUAUAUAUGAUAUUCAGCUAAAAGGCUAAAUAUCAGAAAAAUAUAUAUAUUUAGAUUUUAAAACCCAGCAGCAUACUAUUUCUAAUUGGUAAAUGUAUAAAGUGUAAUAACUAUCUAAUCUAAUAACAAAAUCUAAAAAAAACUCUAAAAUGAAGGUACUGCACACCUCUACACUGCACUGCAAAUAAGGAAUUAUAUAGCAUGUUUUUCUUUUUUAUUCCUGUCAGCUUUUGAUAGAGCUUUGAUAAGGAAUGAAAGACGCAUUCACCUUAAAUGGUAAACACAGUAUUUAUUUACAUAUCGACAGUUGAGGUAAAUAUUUAAUAGUUUGCUGAAAAUGCUGAGGUUGUCCUUCAGAGAAAUGCACAUUCUUAAAGCUUCUCAAAAAAGUUAUGUCUGUUGAUAUUCAGAUAGUAAAAAAAAAAAAAAAAACUUAAAAGAAAAAAUAAAUAUGAUAAUUUCAUAUUGUUAAACAGAAAUUUUGGACAUGAACAUAAGUUUAUAUGUUUGAAACAGAAAAACAUUUUGUAGGUUUUUAAAGUAAGUAUUUGUGAAUUAGUUUGUAUUACAUUGGAAAAUAAUGGUACAUUUUGGGGUUUUAUGACAUGAAUCAUUUACCUUUAUGACAAUACCCAUAAUAUUUUAUGGAAUUACAUAAAAAGUUUAAAAAAGAAACUGAUAAAGGAUUUUGAUAAAUGGAAUGAAGUCAAACAGUAAAACGUGUAAGAAAAAAAAGGUUUUAGUGGGUAUAUAUAUUUUCAAUCAAUUUGUAUGCAAAAAUAGGGAUGGGUUUAGUUAUUUCUGUACAAAUAUCACAUAUUAUGUUUUUGUUUGUUUGUUUUUUUGGAGCAUGUUGUACCAUAAAUCCCUCAGUGCUUUGUUGGUGUGGCUGAGAUUUUAUACAUACAUCCACUGGACUGACUUAAGGCACUGAAGAACUAUUUUAUUAAGUAUACUUUACUGAAGCCACAGACAGGAUGUGACUCAGCAGUGGCUGUGUUAACUACAUCCCUAUUGGCUGAUAGGAAGUUGAGGUUGAGGUCAUUAUUCCGAACUGUCGGUUCUAUUUUCCAGAAGUGAAAUGGAGCUCUUUGGAAAAGCAGUGUUCCCUCUUCACUUCCAGACAAAACGCAAUUAUAUCAUUAGUCACAGAAAACUAUAUGCCAUUGGAAAUGCUCAGAGAUCUGUUGUAGUGUGUUUCUAGAGGGUGGAAAAAAUUUCAAUGUGUUUUUAUUAUUUUUAAAUUACCAAUCAUGAUACGUUCCUGGCCUCUGAAGUUGUGUCUGAAUAUUCUUAUGCCAACUUCUGUAAAGUGACUUUGCCUUUUUUUACUCUUUUCUUGGAGAGUUUCACUCUCCUGAUUGCCUGUUUUAUAUAUAGUAUAUACCACUUCUCUCUCUACAUAUAUAUACUUAUAUAUUUUUAGAGUGAAUAUAGAUGCUUAAAUGUCUGGUAUUGUCUCAGAAUUUUACAGAUUACAUCGUCCAGCAGGCAAAGUGUUAGUAAGGUAAACUCUCCAAAUUAUACAUUCCAUUUUCAGUUUAAUUAGUUAGGUUCCUCAUUAAAUGACAAUGAUCUGCGGUUAUUAAUGUUUCUUUGAUGGAUGAAGUUAUAAAAGUUAUAUGAAGUUAAGAAAAGAAAUACAGUUUAUUCAGAAGAUCAUGUCUUGUUAAUUUGUUAUGUAUGUGGUCUAUGAGCAGUGAGCUAUGAUUUGUUUGUUGUAUAUACAUAAAUACUGUCACAGAAAAUACUUUCAAUAGCUGUUAUAGCAAUUAUUAGAGUUACGUUAAAUAAUUAUGUACUUUUGUUUGCUUUAAUUGACUAAUUGAGCCCUUCUAAUGAAAAAAAACUUUAGUUAACUAUUUCUCUCAUAUUUUACUAGUGUCUCUAGUUAUUUAUUUUUGUUGUUGUUUAAUUUGGACAACUUUUCUUAAUUGAAGAACUAUAAAGCUGUUUAAUUAGACUUAUAUUUCCUCAUUCAUAAAUGCACUUAAAUAAAAAAAAUAUCUUCCAAAAAUAGUGAAUAUAAGAUUUUUCAUUUGAAGGCUCAAAUAGUAUUAAGUCAUUCUGUCUUUAAUUGUAGAUUGAAAUGUUAUUAUUUGUUUCUUUAAGAGUAGAAAUCAGUGAUUUUACUUCUGCCCAAGUUUACUGUCGUCUAUGAAGGAUUCAAAGUUACUCUUUUUCUGUACCUCAUUUUAAGCAAAUGUUGUAUUUAUCCCAGGGCAAGAGCAGUAACUUAAAAUGCUAUUGAUCUAUUAUCUGCAUAUUUUCUACUAACAGAAUGUUAGAGCUGUUUUGAUUGGAGAAUAAACUCAGGUUUUAGGGUUGUGUACUUUACAGUGUUUUACCAGUGGUAAUAUACCAAUUAGUAUUAGUAAUGAAUUUCUAUUCCCAAAUGCAAUAUCCAGGCCUUAUUGUGCAUCUAUUAUGCUUGUUUUGAUUGUAAAUAUUUUGUUAGAUAUCUUUAUCUGUCGGAUUACUUGUGGAAAGGAUUAUUUGUUCAGUCUGACUAAGCGUGCACAGGUUCCUUGUUGUGCUGUUACUGCUUGCUUUCAGCAUUUACACUUUAGCGUGGUACUUUUUUUUCUAAAUUUUACCUAUUUAUUUUUUUCCAACUUUUAGACUUUGUAUAACUUUACAGCCAAUAUGCUUUCUGAUUUUUUUUUUUUUAAAUGUAACCCACUCUGUGCAAAAUAAAACAAUGUCAAUGAAGUCCCAACAAAUGAAAUAAAUAAAUACAAUUCAAAAAAAAAUUAUACAU